CUCCUCCAUCUCCUCCUCCUCUUGUUUCCUCCUCCGGAUUCUGUCUUUUUGGAUGGAGCAAUAGCCAGCGGCAGGUCCCUUCGCAGAGGCUGCAAUGCAAAAACCGCAGGGCGUGGUUCAGGAGCUGAAGCCGAAGAAAAAAAUGGAGAAGCACAGUUUGACAGGACCCAAAACCAAUGAAGGAUCGGAGGCAGGUGGAAGGGAGCCUCACGUCGUUCAAGUUGGCACCAUCCGUGAGUUUCUGGCUGGGUCAGCGCCUACACAAAUCAAGCAAGAGCCCGAGGAGGGGUUGCAGCAACGUUGGGAAGCCCAGUGGCAGGAGUUCCUGAAGACAGUGGAGUCUCCUCACCCAGGUUGGAGGCACCUCAAGUUACCUGAGCCCAUGUCAGAAGAGGAGACAAAGGAAUUUCAGGCCUCCUUCAAGGAAAUAGCUGGCGUCAACCAAUGGUCCAGGGGCGAGUGGGUGACCCAGACCAUGCCAGGCUUCCGGGGGGUUCAUAAGCCCAAUGGAGGACUGGAUCCUCCUGUGAAGGUGAAGGAAGAGAUUGUAGGUGAGGUUGCCCUAACUUCAGAGAUGCGGCGCCAGCACUUCCGGCACUUCUGCUACGUGGAGGCUGAGGGCCCUCGGAAAGUUUGUAAGCAGCUCUGGGAGCUUGGCCAUCAGUGGCUGAGGCCAGAAAGGCGCACCAAGGACCAAAUCCUGGAGGUGUUGAUUCUGGAACAGUUCCUGACCAUCCUGCCAUGGGAAAUGCAGUGCUGGGUGAGGGAAAAUGGACCUGAGACCUGUGCCCAGGCAGUGGCCCUGGCAGAGGAUUUUCUCGUGAGGCUUCAGGAGCCUGAGCAAUGGGAGAGGAAGGAGUCCGAGCUGUUGGAGAGCUCCUUUAUCACCACUCCCAAUUCAGAGCAGGAUCCCUCUGAGGCCAUGAAGAUGCAGCUCUCCAUUGAAGCUAAGCAAGAGGGGGACGAAGAGGUCACCUAUUUUGAAGGAGCUGAUGAAGCGCAGAAGAGCGAUGUGGAGACCUUUCAGCUGGGGAGGCCCGAGCAAGUGACUGUUUGUGAAAUAUCACUGGACGGGGCUAAAGGGGAAUUCUUCCAGGAGACCGAGAUGCCAGGAAGCCCCCCAGGUCCUGGGAGUCAUUGGGAAAACCAUCCUGAGAAAGCUUCUGGAUUUCUCUGUGAGGAAAGUGCUUUGGGCUUACAAGAAGGCACCUUCCAAGAUGGAAUCCUCAAGUGCAAGAUCAAGAAGGAACAGAUUGAUGAUGAGGGCUUCGACCUGCUGCAGAAUCAAGCGGUGCAAAUGACCGUCAAACCCUACCAAUGCCUCUAUUGCGGGAAGACCUCCAACUGCAAAGCAAACCUUGUUGUCCACGAGAGAACUCACACCGGAGAGAAACCUUACGCCUGCUUAGACUGUGGCAAGAGCUUCAACCGGAAGUCGACCCUCGUCCGGCACAAACGGAUGCAUACAGGAGAGAAGCCGUAUGAAUGCGCUGAGUGUGGGCGUUGCUUCAGCAUCCGGUGUAACCUCAUCAACCAUGAGAGGAUCCACACGGGCGAGAAGCCAUACAGUUGUACUGACUGUGGGCAGAGCUUUAGCCGGAGGUUGCAGCUGGUGAUUCACAGGCGGACCCACACGGGGGAGACCCCUUACCGAUGCGCCCAGUGCGGGAAAUGCUUCACCCGUCGCUCUUCCCUCUUGACGCACGAGCGGAUCCACACGGGGGAGAAACCAAACACAUGCACGGAUUGUGGGAAGAGCUUCAUCCAGAAAGGCUACCUUCUGAUACACCGGAGAAUUCAUACUGGCGAGAGACCGUAUAAAUGCACAGCAUGCGAGCAAAGGUUCCUGAACCGGAGCGAUCUCCGUAGACACGAGAAGAUCCAUGCGGUAGCGAAUCCGUGAGAACGCCACGAUGAGACAAGAGGCUGUGGCAUUGAGCAGGGAGCUGCCUUAUCUUGAGCGAAACCACUGAAUCCAAGCACUUGGGCCACGGGUCUUUCCAGUGGCUAAAAGACUCAUCAACACAAAAAGCUGGGGAUCAAACCUCAGACUUUUGCAUGACUUGCAUGUCAGCUGCUGUGGAGCUACGGCCCCUCAGCACUGAUAUCAACCACUUUCGACCUGCUCAGAGGUGAAGGGAUUUGCUAGAAAUAGAAAAGCAUUAAACUUUUUUUUAAGAGUUA